AUGGCCAAGCACACCAACAAGAGCAUGGUGCCAAAAGAGCAUGCCAUUCGGCCUCAAUUGACAUCAUCAGCAGAUCUUGGAGGCCAAGUUGCACCAGCAGUAGAAGAUAACACUUUUGGUAACGAGGAAAGCGCUGAGAUACAGUAUAAGACUUGUAGAUGGUGGAAUAUUGGUGCUCUGAUGUUUGCAGAGAGCGUUUCCUUAGGCGUCCUUGCCCUUCCACAAGCUCUCGCAAUCCUCGGUCUCGUCCCUGGCCUCCUUUGCAUAUGCUUCCUGGGCAUCAUUGCUACAUACACAAGCCAUUUGAUUGGUGAAUUCAAGCUGGCUAAUCCAUCCGUAACCUGUUACGCUGACUGCGGUAUGCUGAUUAGAGGCCCCAUAGGCCCCGAGGUGCUUGCCGUUGGACAGGAACUAGUCUUGGUCUUUAUCAUGGGCGCGCAUAUCUUGACAUUCGGCGUCGCGUUGAACACAAUGACAGACCAUGGCGCUUGCACGAUCAUCCUCAAUGUUAUCGGCUUGAUCAUCUCUUUUCUAUUUGGAUUACCAAGAACAUUCGAGAACAUUAGUUACUUUAGCUACUUCUCAGUUACGACAGCUAUGAUCGCCAUCAGUAUCCAGAAACCGGACACGGGCAACAUGGUCGCCGUACGACCCGACGUAACAUUGGUGAAGGGUCUAGCGCCGGUCAUGAACAUCGUCUUGGCCUUCACCGGCCACGUCGCUUUCUUUUCGUUCCAGUCUGAACUCGAGGAUCCUCGCGACUUCCGCAAAGCCCUCAUUCUUGAACAAGGUAUCGCAGUCACCUUCUACAUGUUCAUUUCCGUCAUCAUAUACUAUCACGCUGGACCUUUAGUGGCCUUGCCCGCCCUUGGUUCCGCAUCCCCACUGGUCAGUAAGAUGAUUACUGACUCGUCGUGGCAAUUUGGGCUUGGUAUGUGGUCUUCUGGAUGGGCGCUGAACUACGGAUCGGGCAGCAAGGUAUUCUCUUGUGAAAAUAACUGGCAUCCUGUUAGUUGGGCAGUAGGAGGUACAGAAGACGCAUAG